GCAGCAAUUGCGUUAGACCUCUGUGUUUCGUAAACGCCUCGCCAGUUCACAUUUUUCCGACGUCGAGUUAAAACGUUCUGUUAAAUUUUCCUCGUUUAAUAAACCGGCUUCACCAUGUCAUCCGAAGGCUUCUCGUCAUCGGAACUGGACGCGAUGCCGGACCGAAUAUCAGAAACUUUCAGGGGAAUGACGCUGCUUGUAACUGGUGGCACAGGUUUCAUGGGGAAGGUGCUAGUGGAGAAACUUCUAAGAAAAUGUCCAGAUGUUGGCAAAAUAAUGCUGCUAGUUCGUCCGAAGAAAGGGAAGACACCGAAGCAGCGCCUGGAAGAAAUGCUCAAUGAUGCGCUCUUCGAGAAACUCAGGACCAUGCGAGGUGGUAUUGAACCACUGUUGGAGAAAUUACAAAUCAUAGGUGGUGACGUCUCAGCCCCAGAUUUGGCGAUCAGUCAAAAUGACAGGGAAAUGAUAAUAGAGAACGUGAAUAUGAUCAUUCAUGCCGCAGCUACCAUCAGAUUUGAUGAAGAGUUGAAAAAGGCAGUUCUACUCAACGUCCGAGGAACAAAGCUGGUGCUUGAACUUGCUAAGCAAUGCAAACAUCUUCAGCUCUUCAUCCACAUUUCAACAGCCUACUGCCACUUGCACGAGAAGCUUCUAGAAGAGAGACCGUACCCCCCACCAGCUGAUCCACACAAGAUCAUCGAAGCCGUGGAGUGGAUGGAUGAGGAAACUAUUGCUACCAUUACACCGAAAUUACUAAGCAAGCUGCCUAAUUCCUAUGCGUUCACAAAAGCAUUAGGCGAGGCUCUAGCUGUUGAAGCCAUGGAACACAUACCCGUUAUAAUUCUGAGACCCUCAAUUGUGAUACCGAUAUGGCAAGAACCAGUGCCUGGUUGGACGGACAACAUCAACGGACCGACGGGUCUGCUGAUUGGUGCCGGCAAGGGAGUUAUCCGAUCUAUGUAUUGUAAAGGAAACAGUUACGCGGAUUAUUUACCGGUUGACGUUUUCAUAAACGGUAUCAUGAUCUGCGCCUGGAAUUAUAUAAAAAACGGUGAUAAGAAAUCGAACGUCGUCAACUUCACCUCAUCAGCCGAGAUAAAAAUAACUUGGAUAGAGAUGAUAGAUGCUGGCCGUGACAUCAUCAUGAAUAGAGUGCCCCUCAAUGGUGUUGUAUGGUAUCCUGGAGGUUCAAUGAAACAUUCCAGGCUUUACCAUAACAUAUGUGCCCUGUUCUUCCAUUGGAUUCCAGCUCUCCUCAUAGACACCCUGCUUUUCUGCUUAGGUUAUAAGCCUGUAUUAAUGCGCGUCCAUCGUCGCAUCAGCAAAGGCUUUGACGUAUUCGAAUAUUACACGAACAACCAAUGGGACUUCAAAUCUGACAUCGCACAGACGGUCAGAAAAAGUCUCAAUCCAAGGGAAAGGAGAGAUUAUAAAGUUGAUGCUAUCGGUUUAGAUAUUUCCAAGUAUUUCGAAGAUUGCAUCAGGGCUGCGAGGAUAUUUAUUCUAAAGGAAUAUGACGACACUCUACCAGCUGCGAGACGCCACAUGAAUGUGAUGUGGUUCGUUGACCUGGUGACAAGGUUCCUAUUUUGGGGUUUAAUUCUUUACUGGUUCAGCGGUUGGAUGUCAACAGUCUACACAUUUCUGGUCGGCACCAGUGACAUUACGCCUAAAAUUAUUGAGUGAUACAGUUAUAUAAAUGUAUAUUUAUAGAUAGCUUUAUUAGUUAUUUUAAUCUACUCUGUAGGGCUAUUCUGUGACAAGCACUCACCGCAGAAAACGGUCCUAAAUGUCAGUAUGUUAUAUGCGAAAUUGACCGUAAUAAUUGUAACAUUUCAAGAAAACGCGCAUCAAAAUAGUAUAUCACGAUACGUCGUUUGUCAACAUUUCGCGUGUGAAUAAUGAAGUGCUUUUUCACAGAAUAGCACUGCUAUUGUUUAUUAAUUGUAAUGUAUAAUUUUAUAGGAAUAUACAGUAUUAUUUUAGUCGUUUCAUAAUCACAUCGAUCAGUUAAAAUUAUUUAGACAAUUGUUAUAUUAAUAAGAAUGUGUUACAUAGACAAAUAUAGUUGAUUGGUGCAGAACCGAAUGCGGUUCGAUUUUUGAAAAAAUGUAAAUAAAUAAAUGUUGAACUUAUUGUAAAAUUAAAACUAACGAUUCGACUCCACCUGUUUCCACAGGAAACACUUCAAAAGGUCACCAACAAUAACAUAACAUUUUGAUAUUUUUUAUUGGCAACUUAAGUAUCACAGAAAGUUUGUCAUCACUUUUCGUCGGUGUUGACGCAGCUUUACAUUUAAAUAUAAAAUAAACGACCUUACUUAUAAACAUUGUUUAACAGGUGAUUAAUUAGUUACACAUUGCUGUCUCCUUCUUUCGAAUGUCAAAUCAAUAAUGACAGAAAGAGCGAAAUCGAUGUUUAACAAAGUCGCUAAGCAAACGCGUUUAUAAAUUAAGCUAGAAAUGCGUAUAUUAAUUUUUUUCAUACGCCAACUUGUCAUGAAAUAUAUAAUAAUAUUAAAUUGAAAUUGGUGUGUCUAUCUAUUUUAUAAUCGUGAUUUUGUUAUGGUUUCGGAUAAUUAUUAUGAUAUUACUCUACAAAUAAUAAUCAUUUGGAUUUGUAAAAAUAAUAUAAAGCUACUGAAGAGUUUUAAAUGUAUAUAACUAUACUAUAUACUAUACAGACAUAAUAUAUAUAUAUAUAUAGUAAAGUUUUUUAAUAAUACUUGUCAUAUAUAUUUUUAAUCUGUGGUGCUAUUCUGUAAGAACUAACUUCCUAUCUCACUCGUGAAAUGUCGUAAGCCGACUUACGUUGAUACGCUAUUUUGACGCUUGUGUCAUUUCAAUUUAGCAAUUAUCUUAUUCAAUGUCGCGUAUCUAUGGUGAGUUUCGAGACUGUUCUUACAGAAUAGAUUCGGACACGGAUCUUGACAGAUUGCUUUGCCUUGUUACGUGUAGCCGGGGCUCAGUGAUAAUACCAUAGAGUUGUAAUUCUAUAGAGUUGUUCGAAGACUGUCUUUAUGGAAAUAGUUAUUGCUUUUGUAAGAAUAGGUUACAAAUUUUGAAUGAAUGUUUUUUCUUCAGAGCUUUAAAUUUUUUUUUAUAUAAUAAACGUAAUAAAUAUGUU